AUGAUCCUUCUAACAACUUCCACAAUCCUACUCACAAUCUUGACGGCCGGGACCAGUCUCGCAAAGACAAUUUACACCGGCGAUACAUUACAAGGCUACCCGGUCAUUUCGCAAUUAGACAUCACCGAUGUCCCUUACAACACCAUUUCAAGAUUCUGGAUAUCUCCGGGUGCAGGACAGGGAGGACUAGCCUUUUUUCUUCCGAUUUUUGUGGCUCGGGGAACGGAAGAGUCUUCGAAUUUUGGGAGGAAGUUGUCCUUCUCAGCUUCGAUACAUGGAGAUGAACUGAACCCGGUGGCGAUUGUCCAGAAGAUUUUUGCGGGCUUGAAUGAGACUGUGGCGGCCGGAGGGUUUCAUGGGACUGUGAUUGGUCUCCCGACUCAGAAUCCGCAGGGGAAUUUUUUGAAUCAGAGGAAUUUUUUCACGAGUUCUUCGAAUGGGUUUUUUGUCGAUCUCAACAGGAAUUUCCCUGGGGAGAGGAUCGAGGAUGGUGGGAGCUUGGUCCAGUCGUAUACCGCCGCGAUCUGGAAUAAUGUCUGGGGAAAUACCUCGAAUGUCGAUGUUGCGGUUGAUUUUCACACGCUGUCGACAGGAUCCAAUGGUCCACUCUGGUGCUAUGCCGAUUAUGCUGCUCCUGGUGUGCAGCGUAUUGCUGAGUUGCUGGCUCCGGAUAUGAUCAAGAUCGAUGCUGGGGAACCGGGAUCUAUUGAGACCACUUGGGUGCAAGCUGGGGUUCCUGCGAUUACUGUCGAAACUGGGCCAGCGAAUCUCUGGAAUCAGACCCUCAUACAGCGAACUGUGGACUUUGCAUUCCGGUUAAUGGACGACUUGCAGAUGACGAAUGGCGAUACAGCUCUGUCCAAUUUGUCAGAGACGUUCAUUGCCACGAAUUUCUCUGGUCCAAGUGUGGCAUACAGCGGAUGGGUGGAGAUGGAUGUAGGCGUGCUUGAUGAUGUGGAGGAAGGCCAGGUUAUUGGCAGAGUGUACAACUCUUGGGGCGACAAAUUGCAGGAUCUGACGUCCGAUGUGACCGGCCGAGUGCUGACUGUCCUUGUCGACCCGGCAGUAGAAGCUGGCGCCGGAGUGGCUACCAUCGGAUACAAUGCAACCAGAGACAGCUGA